GAUGUUGUAUAAAGGCCCAACCUCAGAAAUGACUUGGCCAGCCCCGUGCUAUCACAGCUGAUGCCUUGAGGGUACGCCACACACACACACAGCUCGCGGACAGAGUUGAAUAAUGCUACAACCCACGGUAUGGCUGAACGUUUACAGUUUCUGACCAAGUCUUCCGAUGGCGAAGGCUAUGAAGAAGAAGAAGAAGGAUGCCUCUCAAAGUCAGCUGGAGGCAUCGGACCUGAAGCUAAUGAGCUCUCUGAACCCCAGACAUGGGAAAACGGCUAACUGCAGAGAUUCAGUUGUGGCAGUGGAUGUCCUAUCCUCACUGUGGAAACCUGUUACAGUUGCAGUGGUUGUUUUUGGGGUGUACCUGCAAACACUGCAUCCCUCCUUACCAGGGGGGGAUUCAGGUGAACUCAUCGUGGCUGCUAGUGAAUUCGGUGUAGCACAUCCCCCAGGUUACCCCCUGUUCACGGUGCUGGCGCAGUGCAUGCUGGAGUUCUUUCCCUUUGGUAAUCCGGCGUGGCGAAUCAACUUGCUGACCGCCCUCACAUCAGCCGUCGUUGCAGGAGUGCUGUUUGUGGUCGUAGAGAGACUGACAUGCUGGUCAUCAGCUGGUGUCCUGGCCGUCACCGUCUUCUCCUUCAGUCGACUCACCUGGACGUGGGCAGUGACGGCCGAGGUGUUCGCACUCAACAACCUGUUUGUAGCACUGCUCAUGAUGCUGGCUGUCAUGUUCGAACAGAGUCAAGGCAACAAGACACGCCUUCAGACGCUUGCUCUUCUGGGUUCUUUCUGCUGUGGCCUGAGUCUGUGCAACCAACACACGUGUGUCCUGUACAUCGUGUGUGUCGUGCCCUGGGCCUUCACUAUCCUCUACACAGCACAGGCGUUGACCGUAGGGAUGGUGUUGAAGUUGUCUGUGACGCUGUGUCUGGGUCUGCUCCCCUACGUGUACCUCCCCGUGUCUGCGUACACCCGGGCGGCGCGGUGGACGUGGGGGGAUCAGCGCACGACCAUGGGCUUCGUCACACACCUGCUGAGGAUGGAGUACGGGACUUUUGACUUGCUAAAGGAUCACACAGGGCAGGGGUUGCUAUAUGGUCUCAGGUUAUACCUGGAGCACAUAUACACAGAUCUGACACCGGUCGGGUACCUGCUGGCCAUAUUCUCUGUCAUUGCUGCUGUCAAACGGUUGUCCCAGCAGUACAAGUCUUCCAGUGUGUGCAUCUUCUACCUGAUGCUCUUCACGUACAUCGUCUUCUUUGGUUGGCGGGCCAAUCUGGAUGUGAAGAACCCCCUGCUGCUGGGGGUGGUGGAGAGGUUUUGGAUGCAGAGUGACAUCGUGGUGGCAGUGCUUGCUGCUGUCACCUUCGUCGACUUUAUCAAGAUGGUGCACUGGCUCAUUGAUCUCCACAAGUGGCGGCUGGAUCUUAUCUUCGCAGUGGCUGUCGCAGUCUUCCAGCUUCACAGAAACUUCCCUCUGUGUGACCAGAGCACCAACUACGUGGUCCGAGACUUCGCUGUGUCGUUACUGAACAGCCUUCCGAAUGGCUCCAUCAUCCUCACGAAGGGAGAUCUUCCAUCCAACACUCUCAGAUAUUUCCACUUGUGUGAGAACGUCCGCCCAGACAUCAUUCUGUUUGAUCAAGAAGUGUUGACGUACAAGUGGUCUGUUGAGAUGAUGAGAGACACUAGCUCAGGGCUGCUGUUCCCUGGGGACUUCAUGCAGCUGGAGGACGGAAUGGUCGAGGAUGGAAGAACGUCCUUCACCUUCAGAUCUCUGCUAGACGCAAACAUACAGAGACGACCAAUGUUUGGCUGUAUCGGUGUGCAGGAACAUGAACCAUCUUGGCGCAGCGGCUACGAACUCUGGCCGUAUGGUGUCUGUUCACAGUUUAUACAAAAAGGAUCCACGCUUGAUCUUUCAACAUGGAUAAACAAUACAAAAAAUAUUGGUGUUGAUUGGAAACACCCUCAUUCUGGCUAUCCCCCGACAUCCUGGGAGCACGUCGCUACGGGGGAAAUGUGGGCAGCCAUGACAGCCAGUGCUUUCUUCCUGUUAGAUAAGUCGGAUACUUACAAGGACGGCCCAGAGAAGACGGCCAUGUUGUUAUACUCAUUCCAACUGUAUCGAGAAGCUCAUCGCCAGCACAAGUCCGUGCCAAGCUACUGGCAUAAGAACUUUGCACUGGUCAGUGAGAGGCUCUUCCAGACCGACACUGACCUUGACAAGGCAGAGUUAGUUAAAAUCAGCAUUAAACAAUUCAGGCUCUACCUGAAGAAGGAACCUGCAGAUCCAGAUAAAGACAAAAUCAAAAACGCCGUCGCAAGCCUACAGAAAUAUUUGGAUCAACUUAAAAGUGUAUUAUAAUCAGUACAUAGUGAUUACUUCAACUUCAUGCCUGUCAUUCAUUCAUUUCAUAGACUUGUCAACCCUCAUAUAAUCGAGGCAGAGGAUGAUUGUCAAAGACAUCAAAACCAGUGUGAAAACGACUGACCAAUCAAAAACGAUAAAGGCCAUAAUAAAUAAAUGAAUUAUCCCGCCUACCUCAUUACGAAACACCCCACCUGACAUUAACUCUUUGUACCUACAGAAAAAGAAAAUCACUGUGUUAACCCAUGUUUCUCUACUUGAUGAAAUACGCUAUAUACAGUGAUCCCUCGCUACAACGCUACCUUUGGGGUCCAAAUACUGUAAAUCUUGAAAUUAACGCGAGCAUGAAUUAAAUGCGAAAAAUGCGUGUGGUCUUUGCUCGCAUUUUUAA